GAGACUAUAAUGGGCAAGAAGCGCGUGGACCGAGGCCCGCCGUCGCGCAAGGAGCGCGGCCGCGGCAAAGGGGCGGGCGCCGCGCCUGCGCGCGGAGAGGAGGAGAGCGAGACGAACUUCCGGCGCCGCGCGUUCCCCGUGACGCUGCGCAUGUGGGACUUCCAGCAGUGCGACUCGAAGCGCUGCACGGGGCGCAAGCUCUGCCGCCUGGGCUACAUCAAGAGCAUGAAGCCGGGCGCGCACUUCCGCGGGCUCGUGCUGUCCCCCGCGGGCGAGAGCAUCGUGUCCCCGGCCGACAGGGGCAUCGUGGAGGGCACGGGCAUCUCGGUGAUCGACUGCAGCUGGGCCAAGGUGCAGGAGCUGCCCUACAAGCAGCUGCGCUCGGGCGUGCACCGCCUGCUGCCGUUCCUCGUGGCCGCCAACUCGGUCAACUACGGCCGGCCGCACAAGCUCUCGUGCGCCGAGGCCAUCGCCGCCACGCUCUACAUCGUGGGGCUCAAGGACGAGGCCGUGCAGCUCAUGGACGAGUUCUCGUGGGGCGCCGAGUUCCUCAAGAUCAACGCCGACUGCCUCGAGGCCUACGCGGCCUGCGAGGACAGCGCCCAAGUGGUGGCGGCCCAGGAGGCCUACUUGGCGGCCUGCCAGGCGGAGAACGAGCAGCGGCUGCAGCGCAUGAUGCUGCCCAGUCUGGAGAGCGACGAUGACGUCGACGAAGAAGAGAGCGAAGAGGAGGAGGAACCGGAGCUCGACCGCUUCGGGAACAUCAUCCCUCGCGAGAAGCCCGCGGCUGUGGUAGCUGAGGAAGAGGCUGCUGCUGAGGAGGAGGAGGAAGAGGAGGCGCCGACCAAGGAGCAGCAACUCUACAAGAGCAAGACGUACGCGUAUCAAAGCGAGCAGCCCGACUCGGACGAGGAGAUGGCCAGCUUGACCAAGAACUUGCACGUGGCAGCGGACUCGGUCAAGAAGACCCACGAGAUGCGCGAGGAGAUGCGGAAUGCCCGUGCUCUUGAUGGGGACAAGGAGACCUACGCCUUCUCUUCCAUGGAGGACGUGCACCAGCAGCAGGUGGCGACGGCCUAG